UUGACCAAAGGCAAACCAUACUACUCCUAAAUGCCAAUAUGAGUAAUAAUAAUGCAAGAGCGAGUGUAUACUAAAAAAAUACUCCGUAAUGGAAGAGGGGGCAAACACGGCCUUACUCAUCCCAACCAGAGUUGUAACCAGGGUAAGAUGGGCCAAGAGGCGCCGCUUGCAUUGUCCACCCGGAAACCCGUAACUUGCCCUAAACCUAGCCUCUCCACCGCCUAUAUAAAUCACACUUUUCUUCAUCGAUUUCCCCAUUGCAUUCUCUGCCUCCUCAUUCAUCUCUUUCUCUCAUUACUGUUAUAACUAUCAGAUAAGGAAAUAUGGCAGAUGUUGAGUACCGAUGCUUCGUCGGUGGUUUGGCAUGGGCCACCAACGAUGAAUCUCUUAGUCAGGCGUUCGCUACCUACAAUGUCCUGGAUACGAAGAUUAUUAAUGAUCGCGAAACAGGCAGAUCCAGAGGGUUUGGCUUUGUCACCUUUAAGGAUGAGGAUUCCAUGAAACAGGCCAUUAAUGACAUGAACGGCAGUGAGCUUGAUGGACGAAACAUCACCGUCAACGAGGCUCAGUCUCGCGGUUCAGGAGGCGGAGGAGGCUAUGGUGGUGGUCGCCGUGAGGGAGGCGGUGGAGG